AUGUCUUCCUCCGCCUCCUUUCGAAGUCCUCGGAAUAAUGCAAGAGUCCCAGGGGCGUUCUCUCGCUCCACGCCAGAUUCUAACGCUUUCGGUGGCGCCCUAGGACAGACAGAAGGCCUCCUGAAGAACAAUGAAGCUUCACUACUUCCCAUCAACGUCACAGGGAGCUUCCUUCGGCACUUCCACGCCAUCAGUCACAAAAGCCAGUACCACCUACCAAUCCUCCCCUCGGUGGUGUCCUGGCGCGCGGGCGAGGGGGAGGGGCGUUGGUCCAGCUUCUCCCCGGCUGGCUCCUGGUCCCAUGGCUCCGCCUCUAACUCCGCCUCCGCCUCAAGCUCCGCCCACUUCUACUCUCCGCUCGCCAGUGACGACUCGUACCCGCGGCCGAUCCCCGAGGAGCCGCCAUUCAAGGCCAGGAGGUCUGAAUCACGCCCAAAUUCUUACUAUGACUCGCGACCGCCCAUCCCCGCCGCCCACACAAGCCAUUCAAACGUCCAAGCCGCCCAACCCACCGCCCACUUCCCGCCCACCGCCCACCCGAAUGCACAUGCCGCCCACCAAAUGCCGUGUGCCCCCAAAGAAGGCACGGGCGUGGGCGUGGGCGUAGGAGGUCUGUCCCCGAGGAAAGCUCUGAUUCAGGACGUGGUGUUGAAGGAGUCUACACGCGCCUUCAGGUCCCACCCUCUCUUCCCGCUCCUCAAGGAUCUCUCCGUCGCCGACUACUACUUCGAGAAGGCUGCGUUCAAUAUCGGUCCAUUACUCUCUUAUUUACCCACGUCGACUGAGGACCUCGUCACGCUGUACUUCAGGAGAAACCCGGAUGUGGCGCAAUCUUAUCGUUGCCACCAGACGUCCUCUCACAGUCCGGCCGUCGACGCCGUACUCCUGGAUGCCAUUGCGUAUGCCCAUUCUUGUCUGCUAGAAAAAGUCUCGACGCAGGCGGCUAAGCUGGCGGCGACGGUGGAGGCCGAGGCGGCGGACACGGAGGCGGCGGUGGAGGAGAUGUGUCAGCGCUACAUGGAGGUGAUUCGCUCCUCGACGCCGCUGCACCUGUUCCAGCCGCUCGCCGAUGAGCCUCCGACCUCAGCAGACCCACCUGGCUUGGAGAGCGACCAUCUGUCAGACCCGAUCCACCAGCUGGAGCAGCUGCUGGCGCCCUUCUCGCCCAUCCCGCCCGCGUUCUUCUCCGCCCACGACUCGAGCGGGAACGGCCUGAUGAACGUCUCCCUCAGCGCCUCCGACUCCCGCAGGAGGACGCACCAGCACCCGCGGGAGGCCAUCGAGGUACUGACGGCGUGGCUGACGGAGCACCGCGACCACCCUUACCCCGACGACGAGCAGAAGGCGACUCUCGUGCGUCGGACGGGCCUCUCGACGCAGCAGGUGGCUCACUGGUUCACGAACGCCCGUCGCCGCCUCCUGCCGAAGCUGCGGGCGGAUCUGAUGAAGGAGUGA